CAACAUUCCGCUCGCUCGCUCUCUCUCUCUCUCUCUCUCGCCCUAAAAGACCGUUCUACCCCCGCUAGGUUCCCUUAAUCCCCACUCGCCCACUCCUAUAUCACCGCCAAGAACUUCCUCUCUCGUUACCUGGCUCGCUUCGCUCGCCGGAACCCUAGCUAGCUCUGGUCUCCUCUCCGAUGGGUGCGCCGUGAGGGUGGAGGCGAAUCUCGUGGCGGCUUGGAUGGAGGCAGGGGCGGAUGAGGCGAUCGAGGAGGUUGGGGAGAGCUCGUCGCCGCCGAGGGGGAUCGGCAUCGCCUGCGGAGGAGGGAUCGCGCAAUCCGACAUCAAGAACGAAAUAUUCGCACGGCUGGUGGAGAACGGAAUCGAGGAAGCCGUCUCCAAUCCCCACUUCAAGGACCAGCUCGAUGCCCACUUCAGCCGCUUGCCCCCCAGUUAUUUAGUGGAUGUGAGCAUCGAUAGGGCAGAAGAUGUUGUGUUACACCAGAAAAUUCUAGCAGAAGCCGAGGAUCCAGAAAAGCGCCCAGCCUUCCAUGUCCGUUUCAUGAAGCUUGAGGACUCAAAUUUUGACGUGAGAAAGACCACUGAGGACACUGAAGAUGGAACAAAUGUUGCAGAUGCUCUUUCUCCAAGGCAUGAUGUUACAUAUGUCCCAAUUCAUGAAAUAACUUUUUCUACUAUUGACAAACCGAAGCUCCUUAGCCAGCUGUCUGCUUUGCUAUCCGAUAUUGGAUUGAACAUCCGUGAAGCUCAUGUUUUUUCAACAACGGAUGGCUAUUCUCUGGAUGUAUUCGUUGUAGAUGGGUGGCAUGAGGAGGAUACAGAUGGUUUGCACAAGGAGCUUGAGGCAGCAAUUGCGAGAAAUGAGGGGUCGUGGUCUGGUUCAUCUCAUUCUUCAGCUGCAGAGAAGAUAUUAGCUGUGCAACCAAAAGUUGGUGAGUGGGAAAUUGACAAAAGAUUAUUAAAGAUGGAAGAGAAGAUUGCAAGUGGAUCUUGUGGGGAUUUGUAUCGUGGAAGUUACCUGGGUGAGGAUGUUGCUAUCAAAGUUCUAAGAUCUGAGCAUCUAAAUGAAACUGUGGGGGCAGAAUUUGCUCAAGAAGUAAUGAUUUUAAGGGAAGUCCAACAUAGAAAUGUUGUUCGAUUUAUUGGUGCUUGCAUGAAACCUCCACACUUCUGCAUAGUAACAGAGUACUUGUCUGGAGGAAACCUCUAUGACUUUCUGCAUAAGCAUCAUAACACCCUGGAGCUCCCUGUGCUGCUGAAGCUUGCACUUGAUAUUUGCAGAGGAAUGGAUUAUUUGCACCGAAAUAACAUUGUUCAUAGGGAUUUGAAGACAGCUAACCUGCUGAUGGAUAACAAUCAUGUUGUGAAGGUGGCGGACUUUGGAGUUGCUCGGUUUCAAAAUCAAGGGGGGGAUAUGACAGCAGAAACUGGAACAUACAGAUGGAUGGCUCCUGAGGUUAUAAACCAUCAACCUUACGAUCACAAAGCAGAUAUCUUCAGUUUUGCUAUUGUGCUUUGGGAGCUUGCAACAUCAAAGAUCCCAUAUGAUACCAUGACACCCCUGCAAGCCGCCCUAGGGGUGAGGCAGGGAAUGCGCCCGGAGCCUCCAGAACAUGCACAUCCUGGACUGCUAGACUUGAUGCAGAGAUGUUGGGAGACAGCUCCUCCUAAACGGCCGUCUUUUUCACAGAUCAUUGUUGAGCUUGAGGAACUUUUGAAACAGGUUCAGGAAACUGGUGAAACGAGCAAACAGGAAACCGAUGCUUCAGAUAAAUUGGAGAAAUAACUGUUCCAUAUGUAGAUUAGUGGCAGUCUUUGUGAAUGAAGUUUAAGGGAGACGAAUCUAGCCAAGACAAAGUGCCAAUGUAGCAGCGUUUGGUUAACUUCCACCUCCAUCAAUUCACGUUUCUUCCACUGGCUUUAUCCCAAAGAAAAAAAAUCUUUAUAGAGCCUUGUUGAUAGUCUCUCUCGGCCUACGGUUCAUUGGUCAAAAACCACACUCAACACAAUGUUGCUGGCUACUGUGAAUAUCCUAUUUCCUAUUUAUAAUGAUCCUUUUCACAGGAAAUUAUACCCGGGGGCAAAGACCAAAAUUGUUAUUUUCUUUGGUGUUUGGUCUAUUGUUUUUUUAAAAUAGACUUGUAAAUUGACUGAUUUGGCUAAUCAAUUUGCUUGGUGUACGGCUACCAAUCUGACCUUUUUCGCUUUA